ACCCUCCACCCCCUACAACAAAUCCAAGCGUGGGCACCGCGAGGAGGAGCAGGAGGACCUGACCAAGGACAUGGACGAGCCCUCGCCCGUCCCCAACGUGGAGGAGGUCACCCUGCCCAAAACGGUCAACACCAAGAAGGACUCGGAGUCAGCGCCCGUCAAGGGGGGCACCAUGACAGACCUGGAUGAGCAGGAAGAUGAGAGCAUGGAGACAGCCGGCAAGGACGAGGAGGAGAACGGCACGGGCAGCAAAGGGGAGCAGGCCAAGAACCCCGACCUGCACGAGGACAACGUGACGGAGCAGACCCACCACAUCAUCAUCCCCAGCUACGCCGCCUGGUUCGACUACAACAGCGUCCACGCCAUCGAGCGCCGCGCCCUGCCCGAGUUCUUCAACGGCAAAAACAAAUCCAAGACCCCCGAGAU